UGUUCCUCCUCGCCCAUAGAGGGCUCUGCUGAAUCACUGUAAACCCCCAAAGUGACGCAAAAAGACCCGCUCAGUGGCGUGCCGAAUACUCGAUUUGGGACGUUUGAAGUUAACAGCUUCAGAAUGGUGUUGGGGCGGAUUUUUCACGCGUUAAUAAACAACGCUCAGGUGGUGGAGAAACUGGCGGAGUCUCGACCCAUCCGACGUGCGGCGCAGAUCACGGCCUUCGCCAUCACUAAAGCGCAGAUCGCCGGCAGAGAGGCCUCCACAAAGCUGCUCCGCUCCGAAACCCUCCAGCAGAUCCGCAAGGAGAGCGCACAGAUGCCGGGAGACGUGCAGGAGAUGCGCCGAAGAGCCUCCAGACUCCGGGACACCUUCGUGAAGGAGGUCCGAGAGGGAGUGAGGGAUGCAAACCGGCAGAUUAAAGACAGAAAGUGACGGAUGAAGCGGGAUAUGAGGACAGUGCCAUUAAAGACUCCAUACAGAAUGAUUGAUUUAUUUAAAUCAAUGCUACUGAUGAUGAUGAUGAUGAUGAUGAUGUUGACUCUGUGAAUGAAAGUGCAAUGAUGUUUGUGAAAUAAAGUGGAUCAAGGUUA